GUGAACUUGGAGUUUGGAGAGAAGCUGUGACGAAGCAUCCAAACAAGGCAAACACAGCUUCCAUUUCUCGAAACUUGCGUCAGACUCUCGUCGCGACAAGACCAUCACCACAUUCACAUUUCAACUCAACAAUCACAUCCCAAUCUGUACAACUACCUCGCACUCGCUCUCUCGACCUUUGCCUAAGGUUCAAGCACCAUUUCACCCACAAGAAGUCAACCCCUUAGCCCAGCUCUAGACAGCCCAGCCUCCAAAUCACAAUGCCAAAAGAACGCAACAUAAACCCCGUCGCCGCCCAACACAAAGCAGACAAAAAACAACAGCUCAAAAAAUCAAAAGCAAACGUCCAAGCCCAGCGAAACGAGAAACUCGCCCGCAGAAACCCAGAACGCCUGCAACGUCAAAUCGACGACCUAAAGUCCUUGGGAUCGACACAGCAAUUACGGCCAAAGGACCAGUCUACACUAGAACAGCUAGAAAAGGAUCUACGCGCUGUAAAGAAAGCAAGAGAUGUGCUGGGAGAAAAAGCUCCAGCGUUCAAGACAAGAAGAGAUUAUGACGAGCCUAGGGAAGGAGGACGUGAGGGAAGGAAGAGGAGGAGAAACGACGACGAUGAAGACGACACAGAUGAGGAUGUGAGAAAGAUUCCCAUGCCAAAGGAUACACCGCCCCCUAUCCCGAGAAGAGAUAAGCCGCAUCAAUUGCCGAAUAAACCUGCUGUUGCUCCUGCGCCCGCGCAAACAACGUAUAGUUCGGCACCGGUACUGCGUAACCUCAAGGAAGAAUCUAGACGCUUUGUUCCUGCUGCAGUGGCACAGAAUAUCGCCAGACAAAAGGGUCAAGGGGGAAGAUUGCUGGAACCUGAAGAGGUGGAUAAACUUGAAAAGGCUGGGUACAAUGAUGCGCAGAAGAUUGUUGAUGAGAUGGAAAAAGAAGCCCAAUUUGAGAUGAUGAGCCGAGGUGAGACUACUGAUGGUCAAGCUGCAGAGAGAGCAUUGAAGCAAGUCGAGAUGGAGGAGGUUGAGGACGAGGGUAAUUAAACAUUUUCUGCCCGGGCAUGAAUCCGAGACGGGAAUCUCGACAACCUUAAUUCACGACGUUUAUGAAGAGAUGAAGAGAACUGAUUCGUGAUUCAUCUACUACUGAUUACUGUAUCCUUGUGCGCUACUUCAUAGCUUUGUUGAGUUGGCCAGGGUCCUACAAGAGAAAGGUCAGCAUAUUCAUCCGUGCAAGCUUACAGUGACAGAAGCGGCUUUGCUUACCAACACAAUUGGACCGUCUCACUUCAGGGUGGUAAAAAAGGCACUUACAGGUGCUCGUGGAAGAAGUUCAACAAGACGCCGUAAGCAUCCAUGUAGUUCUUCUUGACAUUCUCGUCCUCGAGGUCGGCACUGUCGCACUCCGUCAGUUUAUGUUCUUUCCGCAUCGUCACUAGGGA